AUGAAGAUAUUUGUGACAAUCCUGUGGGCAAUGCUGGUAUCAGCUGCAGUUGCACUACCAGCUAGCGACAAAAGUACUGGUGAAAAUGACCUCAGGGCUGAUAUCUACUCGGACUGUGCGAAGAAAGAGUCGGUUAGCUGUUUCAAGCACAAGGUCCUCUCCUUCAUGGAGGAGAUGCUGGCUGAUAAGGAGGAUAUCACGUUGUCUGAGGGCAUCACUGUGGUGAAAACAUCAACUACUGAGGAAGGUGCACCAAGGUCCAUUGACUCCACUGACGUGGACACUCUGAUCUUCGAUCGUCUCGGCAGAUUCCUCAGGACGCACUCCAUCAAAGUCGAUCUCAAGGGCACUGACAUCCUAGGAGCUGUCGAAUCAGCUGGCCGCAGCUUAGAGGACAUCAGUGACAGUGUUGUCGAGGGCCGUGGCAAAAAGAAGAAGGCCCAGAAACUCAUCGGGCCCCUGAUGAUGGCAAUGGCCCUCAAAGCCGCAGCUCUACUUCCCCUCGCUCUCGGUGCGAUAGCACUGAUCGCCGGAAAGGCACUUCUAGUCGGCAAAAUUGCCCUCGUCAUCUCCGCCAUCAUUGGUCUUAAGAAGCUUCUCGGUGGACAGCAGAAGCACGUGACUUAUGAAGUUGUUGCCCACCCACACCACAGCAGUAGCAGCAGUCACUCAGUCAGUCACGACGAGGGUCACGGUGGUGGUUUUGGUGGUGGAGCUGGUGGUGACUUUGGUGGUUACGGAGGUGGCGCUGGAUCCAGUGGACACGGAUGGGCCAGGAGCCUCCCCCAGGACGCCCAGCAGAUGGCAUACCGCGGACAAAUUCCGUCUCAGGCUUAA